AUGUCUGAUAUACUUAUUGCCGACUGCAUCAAGGGUAAGCCUGGAAAUGCCAAGGAGCUUUGUGCGCAGUACUCGGGCGGUACUUUGAACUCUUUGGGAUUGCAGAAACGAGCCGCGUUUAUAAUAGCCGUCAAAAUCGCCUCUAAUCUGACAUAA